UAUACUGCAUUCGAUAGUCAAAUUAGUUCCACGUUGGACAUGAUCGCAAAGUGAACAAUAUGGCUACAAAAGAAAACAAUCUUCCUAUAUUAUAUGGAGAAUUAAAUAAAUUAGGUCAAAAUGGAGAAUAUGAAAGGGCCAUAAAAAUUGCCAAUAAAAUUUUAUAUACUUUCCCGGAUGAAAAAGCUGCUUUCCGUUGUAAAGUUAUUUGUCACAUUCAACUAUCUAAAUUUAAUGAUGCACUCCAAUUUAUAUCUAAGAAUCCAAAACUAGCAAGCAAUUUAGAUUUUGAAAAAGCAUAUUGUUUAUAUCGAUUAAAUCAAGUAAAUGAAGCUUUAAAAGUAGUGGAAGUUUUGCCAAAUCCUUCAUUGAAACUCAAAGAACUUAAAGCCCAAAUAUUAUAUAGACUUGAAAAAUAUGAAGAAUGUUUCUCUGUAUAUAGAGAUAUUAUAAAAAAUUCUCAUGAUGAAUAUGAAGAUGAAAGACAAGCUAAUCUUGCAGCAGUGGUUGUAAAUUUAACAAUUGAGGGUUCCAAUUUAGAAGUUCCUGUAUUACGUGAAGAUACAUAUGAAUUAAUAUAUAAUGCAGCUUGUUGUUUAAUUGCACAAGGUAGCAAAGGUGAUAAAGCUGUUUUAAUUGAGGCAGAGAAAAAACUUAGAAUAGCUGAAAAAAUGUGUAAAGAAGGUUUAGAAGAAGAUGGAGUUGCAGAAGAAGAAAUAGAAGACGAAUUGGGAAUUAUUAGAGUUCAACUUGGGUGUUGUCUUCAACUUCAGGGUCGUGAGAAAGAAGCUCGAGGAUUAUAUAUUUCUGCUUUGAAAGCAAAACCAGAUGAUAUAGCUUUAGUAGCAGUUGCAAGCAAUAAUCUUGUGUGUCUCAAUAAAGAUCAAAAUGUAUUUGAUAGCAAAAAAAGAAUGAAAAGUGCUACUCAUGAUAGCUUAGAAUAUAAAUUAACUUCUAGACAAAAAAGAAAUAUUGCUUAUAAUCAAUGUUUGCUAGCUUUAUAUACUGAUCAGGCAGAACAAUGUCAACAACUUUGUAAUAAACUUGCUAAAGAUCAUCCUGCACUUGCUGUGGAUGCAAUGUUUGUUAAAGCAGUACAACUUGGUAAAGAAGGUAAAGCAAAGGAAGCAACAGAUUUACUAACACAGUAUGCAAUUGGAGAUAAAGAAUUACAAAUGAAAUUAGUUUGUGUACAACUUUUAUUAAGUCAAGAUGAAAGACAAGAAGCAAUCAAUGUUCUUGAAAAUUUAAAUGAAAGAGAUAAAUCUUUACCUGGCAUAGUUAGUACACUUGUAACUCUUUAUAUGGCUGAAAAUAAUCGUGAAAGAGCGUCAGCUGUUCUUAAAAAUGCAGUUAAUUAUUACAAGAAAAAUAAAGAAACUACUGCUAAUUUAGGAGAAUUAUGGCGACAAGCCGCUGAUUUUUAUCUACGUGGAGGAGAAAUUAAAAUGGCAGCUGAUAUUUUACAAGAAAUGGUAGAUGCUUCGCCUUGUGAUACCAAAACAUUAGCGCAAUUAGUAGUGGCCUAUGUUCAAUUUUGUCCUGAAAAAGCACAAUUAUUAUCAAAACGUUUACCGCCGUUACAUGAUUUAUAUGAAACAACCGAUAUUGAUGCUUUAGAAAGUAGCAAUUGGGUAAUUGGUACCAAAAUGAUCAAGAAAAAAAUAGAACCAUCUCCUGGCAAACCAGUCGAUGUAACUCAAAAGAAACGAAAGAAACGCAAACGUAAAGGAAAGUUGCCUAAAAAUUAUGAUCCAAAUGUUCCACCUGAUCCUGAGCGAUGGUUACCUAGACACGAACGUAGUGGAUUUAGAAAAAAACGAGAUAGAAGAAAUCGAGAUGCUGCAAUGAAAGGCACUCAAGGUGCUGCAACUGGAGCUAGUGAUAUGUACGAUAUUACUAAAAUGCCUACAAAUGCAAAACCUUCCCCUAAUCCACGACAUAGUCCAGCAGUAGAAAGUUCUGGUCCACGACAACAACAACGUAAAGUUCAGCAGAAAAAGAAAAAAAAGGGAGGGAAGUGGUAAAGUGAUAUAAAUAACUUAUACUUGUGUUAUAUUUGACCGAAAUAUAUGUAUGUAUGUAUGCAUGUGUGUAUAUAUAUAUAUAUAUAUAUAUAUAUAUAUAUAUAUAUAUAUCGCUACCGAUACAACAACGGAUGAUUGAAUAAUGAUAAUGAAUCUGUUUAAUGAAUCAAAUAACUUUUUCAACUUAUACAUAUAUGUAUUUUUUAUCGCUGUACAAAUGUACAGUAUGAAAUACUGCCAUUUUUGAAUGAAUGUAUUUUAUAUCAGUAUCAUUUAAUCAGUGUAAAUUUUUAACUUCUGAAUUUGCAAUUAGAUUGUAAUUGAGUUCUAUGUGGAUUGGAAAUAUACAUAAAAGAUAUAGUACAUAAAAUAUUUUUAUUCUUUUUUUUAAUCCUUUUGUCAAUUUCUGACAAAAUUCAGUAAUAUAAUAUACAAUAUAGAUAACAUGUUUCUUGCAUACAUUGACUAGGAUUUGGCGAUACAUGUCUUUAUUCCUCUGUUGGUAACAAUUGUAUAUAAAAAUACAAUCUGUUUCAUAUUUUUUUCUUUUAAAAAAAUCUGUAAUUUAUGUAAUUUAUAUAAGUAAAUAGAUAGAUUGUGAUUGUGCGUCAAAUUUUUAACAUAUAUAUAACAGAUUUAUAUAUGUACAUGUAAUAUAAUAAGUGGCAUAAUAAUUUUAUGUUUAACUAGAAAUGUAACUAUAAUAAUCUUAUGUUGCAUAUAAUAAUAAAAUGCCACAUCAUAUUUCAGUAUAGUUCAUGUUGUAAAAUCAUAAUUCUAUGAAGACACAAUUUGAUUAUAUCUCAUUAUAUUUAUGAGAUAUAUGUGCACGUACACGUGCAUGUGUAAAAGGAUAUUUUUGUUCUCUACCAUCCUAAUUUAUUGUCUUGUAUUAUCAUUGCACAACAUAGUAUUGUUUAUGGUGUAUAUAUAAAUUUAUAUAACAGAGGCAACUAUCGAGGUAAGAAUAAUCGUAUAUAUCAUAAAACGCUUCUACGUUUGUUUUUAUAUAGUUUUCUAAUAUGUCAAGGCUAUAAAUCGCUUUCAUCUACAUAUUUACUUAAAAUACUUAAUACCCUUCUGUUAGAAAAUAGUACAACAGGCACACUUAUUCCAAUAUUUUCUGGUCUGAAAAUUGUGAUAUGCAUAAUAUGUAGAAAAUAAACAAGCACUGGAAAUUUAUUUUACCAGUCCUAAGUAAAUAUUUCCGUUCGUAGUUU